CAGCCAGCGCCCGGAAGCAGCAGGCAGGGGCCCAGAACGUUUCCUCUUCCGGCCGGUGCCCGCGGCCUGGCCACACGCCCCGGAAGUCCUCCAGGCCGCCGGGCGGACCAUACUGGGAGGAGCAGAGCGGCGCCGUGCGCAGCUCGCACCCGGAAGCAGAAGCGCGGCGGGGCCGGAAGCGGCCGCGGGGGAGUGGAGCGCGCGGCCGCCUGCCUGUCCCGCGCGAGGCGUCCCUGCUCCCUUCAGCUCCCCUCAGCGUCCCUCAGCGCCUCCCACCAUGUCGCGGCGGCGACACAGCGACGACAGCGACGGGCAGCCUCACAAGAGACGGAGGACGUCCGAGCCGUCGGAGAUCGAGGAGAGACUUGAGUCGCUGAUCUGCAGGGUGGGAGAGAAGAGCAAUUCAUCUUUGGAGAGCAACUUGGAGGGACUAGCUGGUGUUUUGGAAGCUGAUCUGCCAAAUUAUAAAAGCAAGAUACUAAGAAUACUAUGUACUGUUGCACGUCUGCUACCAGAGAAGCUUACGGUUUACACUACGCUGGUUGGGCUGCUGAAUGCCCGGAACUACAAUUUUGGUGGGGAAUUUGUAGAAGCCAUGAUUCGCCAGCUUAAAGAAUGUCUGAAAGUCAAUAUGUAUAACGAGGCUGUGCAUUUAGUUCGUUUUCUGUCUGACCUUGUGAAUUGUCAUGUGAUAGCUGCACCUUCAAUGGUAGCUAUGUUUGAGAACUUUGUGAGCGUGACACAGGAGGAAGAUGUACCCCAAGUACGAUGUGAUUGGUAUGUGUUUGCAUUUCUGUCAUCUUUGCCUUGGGUUGGGAAGGAGCUGUAUGAGAAGAAGGAUGCUGAAAUGGAUCGUCUCUUGUCACAAACAGAAAGCUAUUUGAAGCGCCGCCAGAAAAUUCAUGUCCCCAUGCUGCAAGUCUGGACUGCUGAUAAACCACAUCCACAAGAAGAAUAUUUAGACUGCCUUUGGUCUCAGAUUCAGAAGCUGAAGAAGGAUCGUUGGCAAGAGCGACACAUCUUGAGGCCUUACUUGGCUUUUGACAGCAUUCUUUGUGAAGCCCUUCAACACAAUCUGCCUCCCUUCACUCCACCACCUCAUACUGAGGAUUCUGUGUAUCCAAUGCCAAGAGUUAUUUUUAGGAUGUUUGACUACACAGAUGACCCCGAGGGACCUGUCAUGCCUGGCAGCCACUCUGUUGAACGAUUUGUGAUAGAAGAGAAUCUUCACUGCAUCAUCAAAUCCCACUGGAAAGAGAGAAAGACUUGUGCUGCACAGCUGUUGAGCUAUCCAGGAAAUAACAAGAUCCCUUUGAACUACCACAUAGUAGAGGUGAUAUUUGCAGAACUGUUUCAGCUUCCAUCUCCACCACACAUUGAAGUCAUGUACACAACACUGCUGAUUGAACUGUGCAAACUUCAGCCUGGCUCAUUACCACAAGUUCUUGCACAAGCCACAGAAAUGCUCUACAUGCGUUUGGAUACAAUGAAUACAACAUGUGUGGACAGAUUUAUUAACUGGUUUUCUCACCACUUGAGCAACUUCCAAUUCCGUUGGAGCUGGGAAGAUUGGUCAGAUUGUCUUACUCAGGACCUUGAAAAGCCCAAACCCAAAUUUGUGAGAGAGGUUCUGGAGAAGUGCAUGCGACUUUCCUAUCAUCAGCGAAUAAUAGACAUUGUUCCUGCAAGUUUUUCUGUCCUCAGCCCUGCUAAUCCAGUAUGCAUUUACAAAUACGGAGAUGAAAGUAACAGGUCUCUUCCUGGAUAUACUGUGGCACUCUGUUUAACAAUUGCAAUUAAAAAUAAGGCCAGUAACGAUGAAAUCUUCAGCAUUUUAAAAGAUGUGCCUAAUCCAAACCAGGAUGAUGAUGAUGAUGAAGGAUUUACCUUCAACCCUCUGAAAAUAGAAGUCUUUGUUCAAACUCUGCUCCAUCUAGCUGCCAAGUCUUUCAGCCACUCCUUCAGCGCCCUGGCAAAGUUUCAUGAAGUCUUCAAAACACUUGCUGAAAGUGACGAGGGGAAGCUCCAUGUCCUAAGGGUUGUGUAUGAGGUUUGGAAGAACCAUCCACAGAUGAUUGCUGUGCUUGUGGACAAGAUGAUUCGGACACAAAUUGUUGACUGUGCUGCAGUAGCAAACUGGAUCUUUUCUUCAGAGCUUGCCCAUGAUUUUACUAGGUUUUAUAUCUGGGAAAUCUUGCAUUCCACAAUUCGUAAGAUGAAUAAGCAUGUUCUGAAGAUUCAUAAAGAGCUGGAGGAGACUAAGGCAAGGCUGGCCAGGCAGCACAAAAGGCGAGAUAGUGAUGAUGAUGAUGAUGAUGAUGACCGAAGCAGUGAUCGGGAGGAUGGACCCCUGGAAGAGCAGAUAGAGCGCUUGCAGGAGAAGGUGGAGACAGCCCAGAGUGAGCAGAAGAAUCUCUUCCUUGUUAUAUUCCAGCGUUUCAUAAUGCUGUUAACUGAGCACUUAGUGCGCUGCGAGACUGGUGGGAUUGAUGUAUUCACACCUUGGUACAAGAGCUGUAUAGAAAGGUUGCAGCAGAUCUUCCUGCAGCAUCACCAGAUAAUCCAGCAGUACAUGGUAACCCUGGAGAACCUCCUGUUUACAGCUGAACUUGACCACCACAUACUGGCUGUGUUUCAGCAGUUCUGUGCUCUGCAGGCUUGAGGAUUGUCGAUGGACACAGCCUUGUCUGCAGGACUUUUAAUGAAUUGAAACAAAAAUUAAUUCUUUUUUUUUUCCAAAAAUGGGGAUAGAAGAUUUUUUUUGACUUAAAAAAAACCAAAUCUGGCUUUCAUGUGUUACUCUAUAAAACAACACAGUACUCUCAAACCUACAGCAAACUGUGUAAGCCUCAUAUAAGCCUUAUGAGAUAGAAUUGAUAGGGGGUAGAUGUGAAGUGAAAAAUAUGAAUUAUUAUUCUUGUCUUUUUAAUCUGGUUUGACUUUUAACUUCACGAUAAUUUGUGUGUGUGUGUGUUUGUUUCUCCCAUCUUGUUUAUAUAAAAAUCAAGGGAAAAAGAAGAUAAAAUUCCCAAAACCCCAAGCAAAACAAAACCCAAACAUAUCAAUUUGUUACCUCUGCCUGGCCCUUAAAUCAUAGGAACUGCAGAAACGAGAAGCAGCUCUCAGUAUUUUUGUGAGUGUGAAGGGGAAUGCAUCUUCUCAGUGAGCCCUGUGGUGAGUUCUCUAGUAUGGUACAGGACAAACACCUUUAAUUUGGGCAUGUGAAACACUUCGAGUGAAACUUUCAGAGCAGUGUGGAAGCAUCUUGGAUUUAUUACACAAGCCAGCUAGACUUCCACAGCUGAGAAGUUAACAAUUUUAAUUCAGUUGAAAUAAGUUUGGUUUGGGUUUUUUGUUGGUUUUUUUUUAAUGUAUUUGUCUAGCGUUUUAUUACAGUAGCUAUAAACAAUCAGUAGAAGAACUUCAUGGACAGCUUCUGAAACAGUGGAUUGAACCAAGUGGCCUCACCUCAUCUGGCUUAAUAGCAACUGCGUUGUGGUGGCUGCAUCUGCUGUCCUCUUUUAAAAUGCAACAGCAGCUCAUGGCUCUGGUGACUUCAGUAAGCAUUUUAACACUAGAUUUGGUCUCACAGGAGGUGUAGGCUGAGAGAACGACCUGAAAAGAGAGUAGCCUUAGUUUUAAGUUAUGCAAUUAACACCUACAGAAAGAACAAACCAGAGCGGUCUGGGCUAGGGUGAGCAGCAACAAGAGCCAAGCACACUGCCUUAGGCGCUCAGGUUCUUAGGCACUCAGUGUGUGGUUUAUUCCUGAGCUGUUUGCAGUUCCUCACCUCUGCAGAUGAAUGUUUAAAUGGUCUCAUGCCCACCACUGUUCAGUUUGUGCUUAGAAAACAAUGAGCCUUGAGCAAUUCUGUUCCUGUACCAAUUUUUUUCCCCUUUUCCAAGUACUAUACACCUGGUGAUGCAUUUCAUCCAUACACUGACCAGUUGACCUCUUGAUCAAGCCAGGAGGGUGAAAACCAGAACUUCCUGCUUUGUAAACCGAAGUUUGCGCAUGGCCCUGUCAUAAUGCCACAUAUCCUCCCUAGACUAAGCUCUGUUCCUUCUGCUUUCCCUGCUUGGCCUCUCUGAUUUGACUGACCCCCUCCACUCUUUCAGGGGAUACUGUUUAUUUGUUGUACAUUUGCUUUUAUGCAAGGGUUUUGUCAGUCAUGCACAGACUUCUGCUUCAGAUCUUUGCUAUUGAGCAAUCCAGUAGUUGUGUUUGUGUUUUAGGCUUGGUUGUUCAUUGAUUUGGGUUUUUUUUGUUUGUUUGUUUUCUAAGGAACAUUUAAUACUGUAGAGGUUUUAAUUAAUAGUGGUGUGUUUUUUUUUCACUGUCUUGGCUCAAUAUCAGAGUUCUGGUUAUUAACUAAUGGUGGUGAUGGGGGGGGAGUGUCUCAUCUAUAAAUGUGACUUCUGUAAAACUGAUAACACAGCUGAAACCUGCAAACCUGUAACUUCCUCUGAGCCUUGACAAAUACGGGUGUGGGGGAUCCAGUUGCAAAUGCCUGAGCUUAGUCCUGCUAUUUUUUUUUAAACAAAAACAAAACAUAAAAAAAAGCAUCAAUGUCUUUCAAAAUGGAUUUGACUUCCAUGGUAAGCAUGGGCUUUGGAUUGCAUUUCUUAAAGUUUGUUGGACACCUUCCCCUCUCUGUAGGUCCAGCAGUGUACACUCAACUCAACCAUGAAGGUGGUUAGAUCUGUAGAGAGAAGAAGGAGAUUGGUUGCAUAGCGAUACCCAGUGGCUUAGCUGGAGAAACUUGGAACUGCUGAAGCAUGAGGUGUUUAAAGAUACUGUAGAAAUGUGUGGUUGGAGAAGAAAUGCACAAUUAAAGAAAAAAAUAAAUGAAGGUGAAGCAGGUUGC